AUGCGCGUCGUCAACGUCGAGGGCGUCGACAUCGGCGUCGACCCCGCGGCGCGACGGAUCACGAUCCCCGGCGGCGACGACGGGCAUCACCACCCCGCGCAUCCCGUGAACGCGGUCGCGUUCUUAGCCGCGGGGAUGUGGCUCAGGCACCUGCAGCGCGUCGUGCGCAGGGAAGAGCGCGCGGAGCUCGGGGAGGAGGACGCGCGAGGAGAAGACGCGGACGGCUUGCGAGAUCUCGCCCGCGCGGUCGCGGUCGCGAACGCGAACGCGAACGCGAACGCGCGCGCGCCGCACGACGCGGAGGACGACGCGCGCGACGAUCCCGCGGACGCGGAAGGCGUCGCGACGACGGCGACGAGGGACGCGCUCGAGUCGCACCCGCUGGCCGACCCGACGGACGACCCUUCGCGAGGCGCGUCGACGACGACGACGUCGACGACGACGUCGACGACGACGACGAUAACGACGACGACUCCCGACGCCACCGCGCCGGUCGCCGGCGGCGGUCGCGUCUGCCGCUUCUGCUUCGUCGGCGACGACGACGACGACGACGACGGCGGCGGCGGCGGCGGCGACGGCGACGUCCUCGUCUCCCCGUGCCGGUGCACCGGCACGCAAGAGUGGGUCCACGUCGGAUGCCUGCGCCAGUGGCAGCGCGUCUCCAUGCGUUCGUCCGGCGCGCGCGAGAAGCGUUGCCGCGUCUGCCACGCGACGUUCAAGCUCCCGCGCCCUCCGAUGCGCGAGGCGCUCGCGCAGUGGUUCAGCUCGCGAGCGACGGACCGCCUGUCGCAGUACAAGCGCGUGUGGUGGCAGAUGCUGUCGAACAGCGUCCUCGCGCAGGAGGGGACGCCGCACCUCUCGAGCGCGAACCAGCUGCUCAGGCUGGUGAUCGCGAGCGAGCUGCGAAUCUGGGGCGGGCGCGAGGUACGAGGCGGGAACAGAGCGCUGCGGACGCUGCGACGCGUCGCGCGCGACUGCACCAACUUUCACUCCAUCGUGCUCGUCGCGUGGCUGCUGAGCCUCGGCGCGCUGAGCGCCGGGGACGCGCUGAACCACCCGGGCGGGCCGCUGGACGUGAUCGACCAGGAGCUGCGCGCGCGACAAGGGGCGGGAGCCGGCCGCGGCGGCCGCGGCGAAAGAGGCUUCGGCUGGCGAGGGAAGCUGUUCGGCGCGGCGAAGCUCGUCGUCGGGAAGCCGCUCGGGUUCGCGCUGCGACUGGUCGUCCCGAGCGCGGGGGCGUUCAUGCGUCUGGCGGAGCCCGUGCACGGGGUCAUCACGUGGGUGGAGCGGUACCCGCAGUACCGCGUGGUUUGA